AUGCAGCCCUGCCGGCGCCACACACUGGCUCGUGCCGACAGCCACCUUCUCUCCCUCACACUCACACUCGAACCAUCUCCGACGACGCACAUGGGCCCGUGGCCUCGCGACAUCUUCACACAGCCAACCCGCCCCGCCCGCUCCCGGCGCCGGCAACGAAACGGACCCAUGACGACCUUUCCCUGGCUCGUCUAUGCCUUGAUGGCGCUGCUGCUAGCUGCCGUUCCCGUCUCGGCCGUUCGCGUCCCUUUCACCAACUGCCUCGACGAAAAGUACAUUGCUGCUAAGAAGCUGGAAUGGCAACCCGUCUGGGCCGAUGCCAGAUUCGAUGUCACCGACCCCAGGCAUAUGCUUGAAGUCACCGUCUGGGGCAACGUCACCGGCUCCCAGGAUCCCUCGAAUCCCCCGCCUACCCUCCGCGAGGACCCAAACCGCCUUUACUGGAAAGACGACGCCAAGACGAAUGGCAAGAUUAUCCAGACCGCCAACCCGAAUGCUGCGCACCCCAAUGCCACCACCCUGUACCGCAGAGUAGACGUCCUCACCUAUCGCCCGGUUAAUGAGCGCGUCUUCUUCUGCUCACAGGCACUCAUCGGCGGCCAAUGCCCUCUAGGCCCUUACUUCAACACAUCACCAAUGUAUGUAACAUCCCCCAUCCCGUCCAAUUACCUGCUAAUCUUUGCGUCUAGCGACUUCCCCAACAACCUCACUACUCUUCCGUCUAGCCUUUCCUCAUUUCCCUCCAUGAACCUCACCCACGACUUCGGCUCCUCGUACUCCUUCUCCUCCUUCUCCUCCACUCUUCUCCUGCUCUACGGCGACGAGGGAGCCACCAACAUUGGCUGCAUCUCAUCCAUCAUCACACCGGAUCUCGGCCCUAACCGCAACGUCAUCAAGUUCCUACCUCUCGUCAUUCUCAUCAUCUGCGGUUUCGCCGUCAUCUUUGCUGGUAAUUUCAGUCCGUGGGGCUCUACCGACAUCUUCCAAUGGUCCUCCAACUACGGCCGCGAUGCCGAUCAGUUAAGAUUGGUCACCCCCGGUUUUGGCGACUGCCUGCAGUACAUGCAGUUUGCCGUCCUCACCGGUGCUCUGAGCAUCGGCUACCCAGGCUUCUACCAGCCCAUUGUCAGCCAGGCCGCUUGGUCAACCAUCAUGUUCAAUGAGAGCUUCGUCACUAACAAGCCUGGCUGGCGCAAUGUUGUCGAUGGCAUCUACGUCACUAGCCUUGACAACAAGUACGGCAUGCAACACAUGAGCCAGCUCGUUGGAAUGGCUGACGACCAAGAUAUCUGGGCCGGCAUGAUGGUUUGGCUCUGCGUCAUCAUCCUCGCGGCCUUUAUCGUCGUCCAGUUUGGCUUUCUUAUUCAAUGGGUUUACCGCCGCUCGACCAAGACCGCAGAGGAGGAUCUGCGUGCCAAGAAUAUCCCCUUCUCCAUCGGCAACGUCGUUCGCAUUCUCUACAACUACAUGCUAUUGCCGAUUGUCGCCUUUUCUGCUUAUCAGCUCGUCAUCGCCGAAUCAGCCCCUGUGUAUUGUGUUGUCCUAGCGUGCAUGACCUUGGUUGUUCUCAUCGGUUUCGCUGCCUACUUGCUGUACUUGAUUGUCACCACGAGACCCAAGUCUGUUCUGUUUGACGACCUGCCUACUGUGCUUCGCUUUGGUCCUCUCUACAAUACGUACUCUGAUGAGGCUGCCACCUUUGCCUUUAUCCCGCUUGUGUUGCAGUUUUGCCGUGGUCUGGCCAUCGGCGCCGUUCAACCGAGCGGCUUAGCCCAGAUUGUCAUUCUCGCCAUUUGCGAAGUCAUUCAGAUCUUUACCCUCAAUGCUGUGAAGCCCUUCCAGUCGCCUACCUCGAUGAACGCAUACCACACCGUCUUUUCUUGCCUGCGGCUUAUUACCAUCCUACUCAUGGUUGCCUUUGUGCCGGGUCUUGGUGUCAGUGAAGGGCCCAAGGGCUGGAUCGGCUACGCUAUCCUCAUCGUACACGCCUGUGUACUCGUUUUCGGCUUCCUCGUCAGCGCGCUAGGGACCAUUCUCGAAGUCGUUGCCCGCAUGAUGGGUGCUGGCCGAGACAGCACUGUCGGCUCUACCAGAGGCGGCCUCUCCAAGAUUUUCGGCGUGAGGCAGCUCAACAAGCGUGAAUCGCAUCGCGCAAUCCCGUCAAGAAUCAGCCAGCUCUCCACUGCAGCCAUGAUUGACACCGAAAAGGCUAACCGCGCAGGCUACAUGCCCGCUAAUGGGCGAGUUCGAAGCAGUUCUGGAGGCAGCCUCGGUACUAUCAUGGCUGCAAACAGGCACCGCAGCAGCUCUGUCCUUGAUAGCGUCGAUGUCUACUCCAACGCACACCGACCUGCAGACAGCCCGGCCUCGUAUCUACCUGGCACGCCUGGCGAGACGAGCACUUUCUCUUUCCUUGCCACUCCUAAUACUGCCGCACGAUCUGGCCACGCCCAUCAUGGCCAUCAAUCAUCCAUUGCCACUCUCGAAGCCGCUGACCCAUACUACCGACCACCUCGGAGACGUCGGUCGACCAACGAGAACUUGCCGCAAGAGCCGGUUACGGGGCAUUUCACCCCUGACCAGCCCGGUCUUUUGCAACCGCCGGGCGCUGCAGGCGAGCCUGGCGAUGCUGCGGCUGACAUCUCGCGCGGGGCAACGCCUGUGGCACCCGGAACUGGACUUGGUCCGCCGGGCACCACCAUGGCGGCCCUGAAUGCUGUACCGAACAGGCCGGAUUAUUCAACGCGUGAAGUUGACUUUUACUAUGGUGUCCGGGGCCCGGCGCUCAACUCUGAUAGCCUGGGGCGCAAGCUUGGUACUGGACCCGCCGAUCCCACCGGCCCCAUUGCCACCGCAACUGGCUGGUUCCGCAACUUCAUGGGCGGCAAAAGCAAGGACAAGAGCAAAGGGUUUGAAGUUGUCCGCAGCUCGAGGAUGCCUCCUGCCAUGGCUCGCAAUGCUGGCUUUGGCGACGAGACACCGCCUGAAGGCAUUCCCGUCGCUCUUGGCGUCCUGAGAAAGGGUCCCAUCGAUGAUGAAGACGAAGAUGACAACUUGCAGCCUAACCGCGCCCCGAAGCCAACCGCUACGCUGCUCAGCGCAAGAGACAAGGGCCACGACUCAGGCGAUGAGGAUGCGGCUCACGGGCCUGGCGAGCGGGAACCUAUUAGUCCCGUGACGAGCGAUGACGAAGACGAUGAUGAUGGUCAGGUCUCUACUUACUACGAUGCACCUGAUAUUCCUCGAAAAAGCUCAAAGCGCGAUUCAGUUAACAUAUCGCCCCACCACAUGCCAGCCUUGAGCGUCGUGGACUCACAAGAUGCCGGGUCAUCUUCACACGCCCGAGAUGAUGGAUCUGAACGGGCUCAUAGGCGCAUCGCUUCGCAUUCGUCGAACGCGCCAAAGCUGCCGAACCUGCCUUUUGAGCGGACCAAAUCCCAAAAACGCCUCUCGUCGAUGUCUUCGAUGGACUUUCGUGACGGAUUUACCACCGUCGACCUAAACACUGAGCGGCCAGCCAGCUACGGCAUGGUAUCGCAGCACUCGAUUAGCAGAGUCGCAACGAACCCUCGAGCUACUCUGCACAGCAGCUCAGCAGAACUUGUGGAUGAGAAUGGCGUGCCGAAGAUGCACAAGUAA